UUGAACCCACAUCAAGCGAUGCAUUCCCCAAUCCCCAUCGCGCCGGAAACCCAGCCAGUGGCGGCGACUCUGCUUCUCACCCACCCAAAUCGCUGCAACUUCUCCCUCCCGCGACACAGGAGCUGGCGGCCAUGAAUCCCAAGGAGCUCUUCGGGCUUUUCGUCGGAAAGGAGCGUGGGGAGGCCAUUCAGGAUCUGGAGAUCUCCCUGCGGGCCAAGGGAUCGCUCACACAGGCGGAGGACGCCACGCUGCGGAAAUUCAGCACCGCCGCCGACGUGGCCUACGCUGCGAGCUCUACGUUCUUCACUCUUCCUCUCUGUUUUUCCAUAAAUAAAGCACAUAAAUUGCUUGCUAUUCCACCUCCGCAUAGAUUACUGACGUUGGCAUACUCUGCUGGUAAAUCUCAUGCCUUCUUAACCUGUUUCUAUCUUGCUGAAAUCUCUAAACAUGAAGAUAAUAUUUUAAUUUAAUUUGGAAUCGUACGGAUUCAGGGCAUGCAUGAAGUUUUGGACAGAAACUUUAGAAACGCCAUCCCUAGUCUUUCUCACUAUAAGUGCUAAUUCUAUGAACCAAUGUACCAGGCGGUGCUUGCGUGCUCGGGAAGUUGACAUAUUAUCAGUGCCAUUAUGGAUUUGCUUUAAAUAUUUUGAACGAUGGUGAAGAACGCAUAAAGAUGGAGCUAGCUAACAUGUGUGGAUCAUUAACUAAUGAUGCUUUAUUUAUUUUCAUUGUCAGUCAAAUAUAUUUUAUAUUAAUGAUUUGUUUCAUUUACAGAAUACUUACUAAGCAUAGCAACGAAAAAUCACUGGUUAAAGCUGUUAAAAGGCACUUCAUAGCUGAGCAUCUGUUCAGUGAUCAGCAUCAAGAUGGUCCACUUUUCAGCUGGCGCCAACGCCAUUCAUAUGUGGAUAGCAGUUUUGUGGAAAGGGAGAAGGAGACUGAAGCAAAUAACUCUGCCGUGGCCAGAUCAAUUUCUGGACAGACAAUUGUAGACACUGUGAGUUACAACCAAAUUGAAAAGGAUCCAUUGGCUUGUAUUGGCUCUCCAGACAUCAACAAGCUCUCGGUGGACAAAAGCACCAUUCUGACGAGACAACAGCUGCAAGCCCACAGAAGUUAAUCACCGGCAUCGUCCUAGGCAUGCUGAGAAAACUAUGCUAUAAAUUCUUAAGGAUCAGAAGAAGCGGCAUUUUAUAUGGCAAAUUGAACGUGAUUUCUGCUCUUAUAUUCCAUAGGUUCCCGUGUUCUUAGAGUCAUUGGCAAAUGGGCACUAGAAGUCUUACUUGCCUAAUGUGUCUCCUUGGUUGUUGGACCUUCCUGAAUUGAAUAUGCAAAUACCACAAUGUACUUGUAGACA